AUGUUGACUGGUGGUGGCGGUGUAGAAUGCAGACAUGAAGAAUUUGACAGUGGAGAUGAAAGAAGAUCGGAACAUGGAGAGGAAGGCGGGUACCACUCUGUUUGCUCAACAAGCGGAGAGGACGGUGGAGAGAAAUUCUGCUCAUCAUCCAAACCCAAACCCAAAAAGUUUGUAAGUGCCAAUCCCCAUAGUCUAUUUGGUGGUGGUGUAGACCUUUUCUCCUUGGUGAUCAUUGCUGUGAUAUUCGUGGUGAUUGUGCAUGUCUUCCUUAGAAUUGAAGGUCGAGGCGACGGUGGUGACAGUGAGAAUUAUAUGUUGACAGAGGAUCAAAGUACAAAGACGACUGAUAAAAAACCGGACACGGAAGCUUUGAUGGCGGAGAAUCAGAGUACGAAGACGACUGAUCAUAAGCCAUAG